AUGGAGGGUCUGAACUCGUUGCCACGUCGAAGCCUGAUGAGGCUGUCCCGGACUCCGAACCAGUCGAUACUUUCUCGCACGGGUUUUGACCUAGCCGGCAUUCAAAGGCGACUUGGCACAAAAAAUGCCGACAGAGAACGCAUCGUCAUACUCGGUUCUGGAUGGGCCGGUUACGCGGCUGCCCGUACCCUCUCGCCAUCCAAAACGUGUAGAGUUCUCAUCUCACCUCGCUCUCACUUUGCUUUCACACCUCUGCUUGCAUCUACUUCCGUCGGAACACUUGAAUUCCGCGCGGCCGUCGAACCUGUGCGUCGACUCGGGCUGGAUGAGUUUCAUCAGGGAUGGGCUUCGGCCAUCGACUUUAACAACAAAGUCGUUCGAGUCGAGGCCAAUGAGCGCGGGGACGUGAGCGCCGCCACGAACCAGCCUCAGGUAAAGGGGGAAGAAUUCGACGUCAAGUACGACAGGCUCAUCAUUGCUGUGGGCUGCUACAGCCAGACGUUUGGCAUCCAAGGCGUCAAAGAGCAUGCCCAUUUUCUGAGAGACGUGGGAGAUGCGCGAGCCAUUCGGCUGCAGAUUCUCCAGGCGUUUGAGACGGCGGAUCUGCCGACCACCCCCGAUGAAGAGAGGAAGAAGUUGCUUCACUUUGCCGUUGUAGGUGGUGGGCCAACAGGUAUAGAGUUUGCUGCCGAACUACACGACCUUAUCAAAGAGGACCUGUCGAGAAUGUACCCGGGUCUGCCGGGUUACUGCGCAAUCACCGUUUACGACAUCGCUCCCAAAGUCUUGCCCAUGUUUGACGCCAAGCUGGCGGCUUAUGCGACUGAGACGUUUCACAGACAAGGCAUCCGCGUCAAAACCGAACACCAUCUCACGCGGAUUCGUCGCCAGGGGCGAACCCUCAUGCUUCAGAUCAAAGAGGAGCCCGAAGAAGUCGGUGCCAGUAUCGUUGUCUGGAGCACCGGUCUCAUGCAGAACCCGCUCGAUCCCAAAACCGGCGGCAUCGUCACAAACUCGAGACUGCAGGUGCAGCUUCAGCCCGCAAAGGGCCAUCCCGGCACCGAGACGUUGAAGGACGUCUACGCCAUAGGCGACUGCAUUUCCGUUCAAGGGGGCGGCUACCCUGCCACGGCCCAGGUUGCUUCCCAACAAGCAGUAUACCUGGCAAAGCAACUGAAUAAGCCUCAAGGCUUCUCGAGGCCCUUUCACUUUAGGAAUUGGGGAGUAAUGACGUAUCUUGGUGGCUGGAGGGCAAUUCACCAGAGCAGGGCGGACAAUCUGAAGGGCUGGGCGGCCUGGGUGCUGUGGAGAACGGCCUAUCUUACGAGAAGUAUGAGCUUGAGGAACAAAAUCCUGAUACCGGUGUAUUGGGCCAUGACGUGGAUUUUCGGGAGGGACAUUUCGAGGUUUUAG